CCGGCGGUGAGAUGGAAGCACGCUGGAAUUUGGUGCCCCCUGAACUGGAAGAAGAGAGGACAGAUUCUUAAACGAGAAGGACCCGCUCCGAGAAGCGGCUCAUCUCCCAGGACUCCGGGAUCCAUGAUGGAGGAGGGGGCGGAGGAGGAGGAGGAGGAGGCGGCCGGCUCAACCCUCUGGUUGGGCGGGGAGGCGUCUCUGGACCCAGCGGGUGACGUCCGGCCCGGAGGCCUGACCUUCUACCACAUGGAUCUCUACGACUCCCAAGACGGACGGAAAUUCUUCCCGGAAAAGCCGGCUGGACCCCAAAGGGGGACGUCUCGAGAGAUGACGGGAGACCGGGAGGACGGAGAGGGGGGCCCGGAGCCCCCCGCGAGCGACCGCCGGCGGGAAGCGGAGGAUCCGUCUUGGCCGUGCGGCCUGGACGGAGACGAGGCGGGCCUCCCGCUCGGGGCCGCGAUCGCCGGCUCUCAGGCCGGCCGGGACCCCCGACUGGCCCACUGGCCGCCCCCCGAAGAACAGGACUACUGGGCGGACCCCUCGGAAGGGGAAGAGGAAGGCGAGGGAAUGGGGGGCCACGGCGGCCGAGGGUCUCCGGGCAGACUUCGGGAGUCGCGCGACGUGUAUCGGUGUCUCCGGGGCCGGUCCAGCGAGGACUUCGAGUGCUACGUCAUCCCGGAGGAAGACGACGAAGAAGAGGCCGAAGACGUCUUCUGCGUGACCUGCAGAACCCCGAUCCGGGCCGUCGAGGUAGCGUCGGGCGAGCACAAGGAGCACCAGAUCAGUCAGCUGGCCAGCGCCAUCGAGACCGCCAAGGACGAAGUCUACAGGAACAUGGACAGGCUCGAAGAACAGAUUGCGCAGAUGGAAAAUUUUGCAAGCCACCUGGAGGAAGUUUUCAUCACAGUGGAGGAGAAUUUUGGGAGGCAGGAGCAGAACUUUGAGGUGCAUUACAACGAGGUCUUAGAGGCGCUCGCCCAGAAAUACGAAGAGAAGAUACAGGCUCUGGGCGAAGAGAAGAGAGAGAAGCUAGAAGCGCUGUACGGGCAGCUGGUCAGCUGUGGAGAAAACCUGGACAUCUGCAAGGAACUAAUGGAGACGACUGAGGAAAUCUGCCACCAAGAGAAGGUGGAUUUCAUCAAGGAUGCAGUUGUUAUGGCUGACAGACUGGGAGAAUUCCUGAAGACAAAAACCGAGGUGGAGCUUUCGGCACGCCCCGAUUUCAGAGACCAAACGAUUGAUUUCUCUGAGGUUGAGCAGCUGAUGGACACCUUUCACACUGUCAUAGCUCCGUCUGCUCCGGUGAUAAAUCCCCAAACCCCCAAUUCGGCCACGGGUUCUACGGUGAAGGUGUGUUGGAGCCUGUUCUCCGAUGACACGGUGGAAGGCUAUGAGCUCCGUUACAAGCCCGUGACAGACGGCACAGGGAGCGAGGGGAAGACAGAAUUUACCAUGAAAGUCAAAGAAACAUACUGCACCGUCACCGACCUGCUGCCCAACACCCAGUACGAAUUUUGGGUCACGGCUGUGAACAGCACCGGCGCCAGCCCACUUAGUGAGAGCGCCGUCUACGUGACAGCUCCCUCGCCUCCCAUCGUCAAGAGCCAAGAGAUCUGCAGCUGCGAACACGCUGCCCUGCUCCGCUGGGAAUCUGGAAACCUGAACCCCGUAGAUUCCUACACCAUAGAAUUCGCCGCCGACACCGCCGGCGGGGACAACCAAGAGGCCGGAUGCCCCGUGACCGAGUCGAUCGUCGGCAUCCCCGCCCGGGAGGCCUUGGUUCAGCUGCAGCCGAACCAGAGCUACCAAAUCCACGUGCGAGCGAUCAACGUGGGCGGGCCCAGCGAGAGGAGCCGGCCGGUUCCAGUCCGCACCACAGGUUGCUAUUUCUACCUGAACAAGGACACCGCCCAUCCCUGCCUGUCCAUCUCGGACGACGGAUUUACGAUCCUGCGCAAGGAAGGAGCCCUCUUAGCCGGGGACGCUCUUCCCAGCGACAUCCGGUUUACGGGAUGUGCCGCUGUCCUGGCCCGCCUGAUUCCUGUGAGAGGCAGGCACUACUGGGAGGUGGAAGUGGACGGAGCCUCGGACUACACCGUCGGCGUGGCUUUCGAAGACGUCCCCCGGCACGAUUCCCUCGGGGCCAAUAGUUCCUCCUGGUGCAUGAGGCACUCGUGCACGUCAUCCAGGCACAAAUAUGAAUUUCUCCACGGUGGGCUGACUCCAGAGAUACAGAUAACAAUCCCCCCAAGGAAGAUUGGGCUCCUCCUCGACUACGAGACCUGUAAAUUGUCCUUUUUCAACGUCGCCAUUAGCCAGCACCUCUACACGUUCAGCUGUCGGCUCCGGGACCUCGUGCACCCCUGCUUUUCCUUGGAGAAACCCGGGUCUCUGAAAAUAUGCAACGGUGUCUCGCCGCCGAAGUACGCCUCUCCCGACUAGGGUGGCCGGCAGCGGGGGGUGGGGCCGGCGUUUGGCUUUUCUGAGUGCAGCGGGAGACCGAGGCCGGACCGCCCGUUCCUGGGAAGGCCAUUUGCAAAUGGUAGUCCUCUUUUUAUGGUACUUUAAUAAUGUUGGUAUUUGUUAAGCGCUUACUAUGUGCCGAGCACUGUUCUAAGCGAC